CCCCUGGGGGCUCUCCUGCAGUGGGAAGUCCCAGCAAAGCGGCUGAGCUGGGCAGGUGUCCCAGAGCCAGGGAACGGGCUCCAGGAGGGAUCUACAGAGGGGUUUACGGGGUAUGCCUUGUGCUCCAGGCCCCCCUGAGGAGAAAGCCAUCCCACCCGCAGGCGCGGGCCAUGUUCAGCCCCAGGGAGCUGCUGCUGCUGUGGUUCCUGGUGCUGGUGGUGGGUGGCACUGAGCACGUCUUCCGGCCUGGCCGCAGGGUGUGUGCCGUCGGCGCUCCCAGGGGCCCUGAGUCAGAGUCCUUCGUGCAGCGAGUGUACCAGCCCUUCCUCACCACCUGUGACGGGCACCGAGCCUGCAGCACCUACAGGACCAUCUACAGGACUGCCUACCGCCGCAGCCCUGGGCCGGCUGCCCCCAGGCCCCGCUACGCCUGCUGCCCGGGCUGGAAGAGGACCAGCGGGCUCCCCAGGGCCUGCGGAGCAGCAAUAUGCCGGCCACCGUGCCAGAACGGAGGGACCUGCGUCCAGCCAGGCCGCUGUCACUGCCCUGCAGGAUGGCAGGGUGACACCUGCCAGACAGAUGUGGAUGAGUGCAGGGCUGGACAGGGUACCUGUCCCCAGUACUGCGUCAACACUGUGGGCAGUUACUGGUGUCAGUGUCGGGAAGGGCACGGCCGGUCUGCAGAUGGUGCGCUCUGCCUGCCCAAGACAGGGGCCCCCAGGGUAGCCCCGAACCCCACAACAGGCGAGGACAGCGCCGUCGAGGAGGAAGUGCAGAGACUCCGGUCACGGGUGGACAUCCUGGAGCAGAAGCUGCAGCUCGUGCUUGCCCCACUGCACAGCCUGGCCUCGAGGGCCCUGGAGCAUGGGCUCCCAGACCCCAGCAGCCUCCUGGCUCACUCCUUCCAGCAGCUGGACCGCAUCGACUCUCUGAGCGAGCAGAUCUCCUUCCUGGAGGAGCAGCUGGGGUCCUGUUCCUGCAAGGAGGAGCUGUGACAGGUGGCCCGCGUCCUUGGCUCUGGCUACUGAGAGCCUCGCCCACUGUGCUGGGUCAGGCAGGAGGGGGGUUUCGAGCCAAGGCGGGGUGGGAGGAGGGGUCCUCCUCGGUGUGAUCCUGCCGCAGCCGGGCCAGCAGCAGCGAGCAGGCCCGUGGCUGGGGGUGGGGAGGCAUGAG